AUGGAUCCUGUGAGCAGAGACAUCAUUCGCGCCGAGGUCGACGCAAACGAUAAUCGACCCGACACUUUGUCUUAUAUCGCCACUCACGGACCAGACAUCGAGAGAGACUGGUCACGGUCAGACCAGUCAUCACCCUUUUCCCGCAAUGUCACUCAGACCUAUACGAACGCCACCCAGCAUACCCUCCACCCUGUCGAGCUCGAGAGGAUAGCUAGAUCGCGUACACAACACCAGCUCACUGUGGGCAGCCGCCCGUCAGCCCGUGCAAGACGGCGAUCAACCGCCACGGUACGAACAUUAGGGGCUGGGAAACCUCUGCCCCCCCAAGAUGACACCGAAGGCUACAUUGUCGAAUUCGACAGCGUCGACGAUCCUGAACACCCGCAUAACUGGCCAUUCGGGUACAAAGCUCAAUUGUCUGUAAUCUUGUCUUUCAUCACCUUCGUCGCUUCCUUCUCCAGCGCCAUUUUCUCCUCUGCCAUUCACCAAGUUUCCCACGAGUUCCACGUCUCGACCGAAGUCGGCGUUCUGGGCAUCACCCUUUAUGUGCUGGGCUUUGCCUUUGGUCCCAUUCUGUGGGGCCCUGGUUCUGAAUUGCUGGGACGUAAACUGCCCCUCGUCGUCGCCAUGUUCGGCUUCAGCGUCUUCGCCGUUGCAGCUGCCGUCGCCAAGGACUACCAGACGCUCAUGAUCGCGCGCUUCUUCAGUGGUUUCUUCGCUGCGGGCCCGCUGGCUAUUGUUCCUGCUUGCUUCGCCGAUAUGUACGACGACAGCCAGCGCGGCAUAGCCAUUACUGCAUUCGCCAUGGCUGUCUUCUGCGGACCCUUCGCCUCACCGUUUGUCGGCGGCUUCAUCGCAGACAGCCAUUUGCGCUGGCGCUGGACCAUGUACAUCGCUUCAAUUAUGGGUUGGCUGUCGACCUUCCUCACAUUGUUCCUGCAGGAGUCGUAUGCUCCAGCGAUCCUCGUCUCCAAGGCGGGCCGCAUCCGACGUGAGACAAAGAAUUUCGCCAUCCACGCCAAACAAGAGGAGAUUGAGGUUGACUUUUUGGAGCUCGUUGACGAGAAUUUCAUGCGACCGGUCCGGAUGCUGUUCACCGAACCCAUCAUCUUCCUGAUCACGCUAUACAUGUCUUUCAUCUACGGCCUGAUUUACCUGUUCUUGGGCGCCUAUCCCAUCGUUUUCCAAGGCGUGCACGGAAUGAACGAAGGCGUCGGCGGCCUGCCCUUCAUCGGUCUGAUCAUAGGUCAGCUCUGCGGGGGUAUCUACAUCAUGGUCGACCAAGUCGCAUACAAGAAGAAGCUCGCUCGCAACCAUGGCGUUCAGGUUCCUGAAUGGCGACUCCCACCCGUCAUUGUUGGCGCCGUUGCCUUCUCGAUCGGACUCUUUUGGUUCGGCUGGACAGGCUGGAACAGAUCCAUCCACUGGCUCGCCCCCACCGCUUCGGGCGUGGUGACCGGAUUCGGUAUUCUUUGCAUCUUCUUGCAGUGCUUCAACUACAUCAUCGACACCUAUCUGAUGUUCGCCGCCUCAGCCAUUGCCGCCAAUUCUCUGCUUAGGUCGUUUUUCGGUGCGGGUUUCCCAUUGUUCGCGGAUCAAAUGUUUAACAAUUUGGGCAUCCAGUGGGCGGGCACCGUACUGGGCUGUCUUGCCGCAGUGAUGAUUCCCAUUCCCGUGAUCUUUUACCUUUGGGGCCACAAGAUCAGGGGAUGGAGUAAGACUACGGCGACGACGGAGGCGUAUGGGAGUGAAGAGGAGGAAAUGAGGAAGCAGAAGGAUGACAUGGAGGUCUGA